AUGAAUAGGGUUGUGGGAAAUUCAUGCGAUACUACUGACACUCCAUUACAAACGGGUACAUUGUCUGGACUGGUGUGUCGAGUGAAAGUGGGGCUUCAAGGAAAGGUGAACGUCGUCAGUGAGGAUUCUAAUCUUAAUAAUUUAUCACCAGGAAAUGAUUCAAAUGAUAAAGAUAAUAGAACAUGUGCAAAUGUGAAUGAAUAUGGCGACGACGUUGACUCCAUAAACCGUGACGUACUGAAGCUCAUUCUGCAACCAUCCAAAAGAAUCAGUCUUUUGGUUAAUGAAGAUGCUGAUCGUACUACUCUACAUUCAACUAAGUCUUCUGCUUCAGAUACAUCACUGGAACUUGAAGAAGAAUCCACUCUGGAAGUAUUAUUAAGACUACGGAAGAGACAACGACACUACUGUCCUACGGAAGAUGAGAUAGCUGUUUAUAGUUCCAAAUUUGAAGUGGUCACUUCUUAUGCCGUCCGCUUGAAUUGGAUAUUGAAUGAGUUACUUUCUCUAGACUUAAUGUUGGGAAAAUCUAGAGAGCCAAGUUUAAAGUCCUGGUCGACUAUGUUCAUCCUAGAAGCAGAAUUAGCUCUCUUGUUAGGGUACGUUCCAAAAACUAAUUUUACAAGGGCACAACUAUUCCCCAAUGGUUACUUGUCUCAAAUUAUUUUGGAAAGUUAUGAUAUUUUGGUAACCUUUAGUACAAGUUACCCCAAUUUGCAUCUUGCCUCGAGGGCCAUUCGGUUCCUAGUUAAACUUAUCUACAAUGUUAACUAUUGGGAAACAUACCAUCUUGUUCAUGCUAUACCUAAAAUAUCUCAUUUUUUUGAACUUCUCAAAUUUGAAGUCAUAGAGACCCCAUUUGGCCCAUUGAUUAGACCUCCAAAAGAUUAUGUCAACGACAAAAUGCUUUCAGGAUUACAAUACCCAUUCCCUUAUCCCUUUUACAACUUUUCAUACCAUUCAUUCAAUCCCAUUGGCUAUCUUUCUAAAUACAAAGGAAUUAAUAUUGAACCAUAUAUUGAUAUUAGACUUCAAACCACAGACUCAAAGUCACAAGAAUCUCAUCAUAAAAAGCAACUCUUAGAAGUUCCUCAAAACAAGACUAGGAAAACAGUUAUGAGAGGUAAGCUGUCUCAGCACACAUUUCCAACGGGCAAAAGUCAACAGAAAUGUGACAUGCAAUCAACUUCUACCCCAUUCUCUCCAUCAGAAGGUAAAUACUAUGAGUAUUAUGAUACCUCUUUAGAUGAGCAUCAUCCAGCACUGUCAACUAAAAAGAAAGACCUAAUGGAUUUAAUUCCUGAAUAUUUACGUCCUUUAAGAGUUUUUGGAAAGGAUCCAGUUGCAAUUACCAAGGUUCAAGCUGAAGCUCGAGCUCGUCAAAUUCAACUAGAGCAAGAGCGUUUACAGAAUCCACCUCCAGUUACACCUAGGGAUAUGGUUCCUUUGAGUGCCAUUCCUGUUUGUCCUGAUACUGUACCUAAUGCUGAGCAUACUAAUAUGAAUAUGCCAGAUGAUCCACACGGUCUGACUGUCAAUCAACCAAAUGCACAAGCUGAAGAUGACGAACAUGCACAUUUGGUUCCUCGUGUUGUUGGUAAACAAGUGGUGCUAAUAGAUGGCAAAUCUGUGUCUGUACCUUUAAAGAUAUCAAGUCGAAAACGCAAGGUAUCUGACCGAACUGAUGACAUUAGUCUUGAAGAUCAUUUGGAAAGUGAAUCUAAUUUAACUGAAGAUCAGCAACAAAAUUUCGGUGGAGCUCUGCUACAAUUGUCAGGAGCUCAAUUUAAAAUGCCAACUAAAGAUUCUCAACCUUUCUCUCCCAUACCUGCUUCAAACUUACAACCAACCUCUGCCUUGCCUCCCAAGGCCAAUGGUCCACCUUCAGUAAUAGUGAGCUUGCCAAUUACUUCAACUAAACCAGUUCUGUUGCCCGAAAUCCAACAACCUCUGUUAAAUCCAACAAUGGGUCAAUCGAAACCCGCUUUUGAGCUUUCAAAGCGUCCAUCUCGCCUAGAAAUUCCUCCCUUUUUAAACAACAGCGAGUCUACCAUGUCCGAUAUUUCAUUUGGAUCUUCGUCUUUAAAUAGUGCCAAUCCCACGGGUGCUACAACACAUCAAUGUUUCCUCACAGAUCCAUCCUCACUUCAACCAUGUCUCAAACGAUUUUAUGGCAAGAAUGAGCUAAUGAGGCAUCAGGAGUUUGUUCAUGCUACCCAAAAGAAAAUUUACAGAUGUAUUUAUUGCCUCAAGAAUAAUUCAACUGUCCAAUGCUAUCCUCGCCAUGACUCCCUUGCGAGACAUAUCAGGAAAAAACAUGGGGUUACUGGAAGAGAGAAUAAGAUUGCUGUUAAUUAUGCCAAGGCUAACGUUGAAAUUAUAGAUGAACCGUUGCACACUGCCUUGACAAAGGGGAAGAAACAAAUGGUUAUGCAUGACGAAUCUGAAGAAGAGCUGGAUAUUGAAAGCACCACCAAGUGUCAACUGAAGCUGCCAUUAAAAGAAAAGUCAUUAGAUGUGCCUAGUACCCAAAAACCAAGAUAUCAGGCUCAAGUUACAACUCUGCCAGGAAAACCACAAUUGUCACCUCUUGAUAGAAAAAAGAAACCUUCAUCUAAGCUUGGUGCGGUUAAAUCUGGAGAAGAUUCAAAAGAACAGGAUAUUGCUCGCAUUGAGUUGGCACCUAUACCUAAGAUUUCUAAUGCUUCUGUUUUACCUGGUGGCACCUCCGUUGGGGGUAUUUCAGGGGAGCUGCCCAGUGGUAAGCAAGUUUCGUUAUCGGAGCAAACAGAUCAAAUCACUCUAGGCGUACAGCUACCUGCCUCAACGCCUUUAUUGAGAAAUACUCAUGCAACUCAAUUGGCCUCUGUUUCUACAACAGGUCAAUCUAUUCAGCCACCCACAGGAGCUAUUGGUAAUACUACGACGGGUACCAGUUCAGCAACGCCUAUAUCCAUUGGUGGCGUACCAUCGAUUCAUCCUGUUCAAGGAGUUCCUGGUGCGCAGAUAAGUGGAUAUCCAUACCCGCAACAAUUUUACCUUUAUCAGACUCCUUCUGGUGAACAGGCACAAUAUUUGCAACAUCAGCCAAUUCUCGUUCCGCCAAAUAAUUCAACUUACCCACAAGGGUAUCCAUAUUACGCGGGACAACAAUUGAGUUCGCUGCAACCUGCAGCAUUCUCACCUCCAUUGACUAACAAGUAUGGAUAUGCAUAUGUUGGAGUUGCUGGAGGUAAUUCUACUAAUUCAGGAGGAGCUUCAACUCCUUCCAUUGGAGUCGCAAAUGGUACUGGAAGUAAUCCAUCUAUGGCUGGUGUUGCAGGGAUCCCUUCUACGUAUGGUGCCGCUAAUGGAACAUCGCUGUAUAAUCUUGCACAUCAUUUAGUUCAGACACCACUUCCACCUCAGCAAGCGAAUCCACAGGGAUAUCUGGUGCCUUAUUAUUCCGUGUCUCCUAAUGCUGCAGGACAAUAUUUAUUCUAUCAUCCUAUGGCAGUCCCUGGGUUAACACCAGGAAACCCUGGUAUGCCAUUAGUGCAUAGACUGCCCCAGAUCUCCCAAAUGUCACCUCCAGCACAACCUCUGCAGCAACUCAACCAAUCGGGAUUGCCAUACCAUCCAGGACACAGCGUGUUUGGGACUCAAUUACCACGGCCAUCUCAGCCUUCUGAUAAAAGAUCGUGA